AUGGAGACUCCCAAACAAGCUAGUUGGAUUAUGAGAAAAACAUUUGAUGCCAGGAAGAUGCUGAUCACGGGACUUGAAGACUUAAACUCACACGAGGUCCAGGAGAAAUUUAAAAUAAGCAAAGCUUACAGAGCCCUUCAGCCAACCUGGCCAAAGGUACAUUGGAAGAAAUUGGUAUUGUUGAAGGGAUUGGUACCAAAACACCAAUUCAUUCUAUGGUUAGCCAUACAAAGAAAGCUGGCAACAGUUGAUCGACUUAAAAAAUGGGGCAUACAAGUGGAAAAGAACUGUGUUUUAUGUGAAACAGAUGUGGAAGAGAACUUGGACCAUUUAUUCUUCCAAUGCUCAUACUCUCAAUUCAUCCGGAAAACUCUUAUGACAUGGAUUGGGAUCAACAGGCAGAUUGGCACUUGGGAAUCAGAGAUUACUUGGCUAGCACAACGGACUACAGGUAGAAAUUCAACAUGCAUAGUCCUUGGAAUUGUAUUUGCAGCAGUAGUCGACCACAUCUGGUAG